AUGGUGAACAAUUUCUCCCAAGCUGAGGCUGUGGAGCUGUGUUAUGAGAACGUGAACGGAUCCUGCAUUAAAACUCCUUACUCGCCAGGUCCUCGAGCUAUCCUCUAUGCCAUCCUUGGUUUUGGGGCUGUGCUGGCAGUGUUUGGAAACUUACUGGUCAUGAUUGCUAUCCUUCACUUCAAACAACUGCACACACCUACGAACUUUCUGAUCGCGUCGCUGGCCUGUGCUGACUUCUUGGUGGGAGUCACUGUGAUGCCCUUCAGCACAGUGAGGUCUGUGGAGAGCUGUUGGUACUUUGGGGACAGUUGCUGUAAAUUCCAUACAUGUUUUGACACAUUCUUCUGUUUUGCUUCUUUAUUUCAUUUGUGCUGUAUCUCUGUUGAUAGAUACAUUGCUGUUACUGAUCCUCUGACCUAUCCAACCAAGUUUACUGUGUCAGUUUCAGGGAUAUGCAUUGUUCUUUCCUGGUUCUUUUCUGUCACAUACAGCUUUUCGAUCUUUUACACGGGGGCCACCAAAGAAGGAAUUGAGGAAUAAGUAGUUGCUCUAACCUGUGUAGGAGGCUGUCAGGCUCCACUGAAUCAAAACUGGGUCCUACUUUGUUUUCUUCUAUUCUUUAUACCCACUGUUGCCAUGGUGUUUAUAUACAGUAAGAUAUUUUUGGUGGCCGAGCAUCAGGCUAGGAAGAUAGAAAGUACAGCCAGCCAAGCUCAGUCCUCCUCAGAGAGUUACAAGGAAAGAGUAGCAAAAAGAGAGAGAAAGGCUGCCAAAACUUUGGGAAUUGCUAUGGCAGCAUUUCUUGUCUCUUGGCUACCAUACAUCAUUGAUGCAGUGAUUGAUGCUUAUAUGAGUUUUAUAACUCCUCCUUAUGUGUAUGAGAUUUUAGUUUGGUGUGUUUAUUAUAAUUCAGCUAUGAACCCCUUGAUAUAUGCUUUCUUUUACCCAUGGUUUUGGAAGGCAAUAAAACUUAUUGUAAGCGGCAAGGUCUUAAGGAGUGAUUCGUCAACAACUAAUUUAUUUUCUGAAGAAGUAGAGACAGAUUAA